UAUGUAGAAUCUAUUUAAUUUCAACAAGUUUGUUAUAUGCAAUGAAAAGACCUUGAAGAUCAGAUGCACAUAAUGCAAUUCAACCAUCACGGCCAAGCUGGGAAGCUGAUCACUGAAGUUGGAAAGCUGAUCACUAACUUCAGUCAAUUUCUAGCACGCCGCAUUGAUACAUCCGAUCUAUAUCUCAAAUUGAAAAUUUAUACAUCCACAUCUGGUUUGGCAUUGAGUCCAGACUUACCAGAAGCUAAGUUUGCAAUUGCAUUUGAUAAACUCGCAGAGUGGUCUAUGUCAAGAAAUAUUGAUUUAACUUUGAAACUAAAGCGGAAAUUGAAUAUUGGCAUAGAGAAAAAGUUAAGGGCUCUUCUUCCUAAUGUCAAUUUGUUCAUGUACUCUGUUAUUAAAAAUCACCGAGAAGAAAUCACGAGGCCGGAUUCCAUGCAAAAAAACUUUGGUUAGUGAAUUCUUCACUCUAUGAUAUUUUACUCAGUAAUUCCUUAUUACAUUGCACAAAAAAACUUAAAAGCCCUCAUGUGGAUUGUAUGAUGGUUUGUUUACUUGCGCAGCAUAAGCACGAUCUGUUGUCGAGAUUUAUUAGUAGUAAAGAUCAUAAUGGAGAGCCAUUGUCUGAUAAGGUGUUACAGGUUGCUACUUUAAACUCUCUUCUUGCCGGAAGGGAUACAACUGCUAUUACUUUAGCUUGGUUCAUGUACUUGCUUUCCUGCAACCAUGAGGUUGACCCAAAGUGCAACCAAGUGUUUAUUGAAGUUUUUGGAGAAAGGGAGGAAGAUAACGUUGGUAGAAGAACUCGUCAUUUUUUGAACUUCGCAAAUUCUCACACUUUUUAUGCUUUUGAAAAACUCCAUUAGAUUCAUACUGCUUUGAGCAACUUUGUCACUGUAU